AUGGAUGGUUUACAACUACGCGAUGAGGCCGCGCAGGAUCGCGUGCGUGCCGCAACUGAAUUUCUCGACCCAAAUGAUGCACGGGCACGCAGUUAUCGAGCGGAUAUUGUGGUUAUGCUGAACAAGGGCGCGCGACGAUUAGCAGUCAGCAUCGAUGAAAUCAGAGCACACAACCGGGAGCUUGCCGAUGGGCUGCUCUCUUCGCCGUUCGAUUAUACACAAGCCUUCGACGCAGCCUUGAAGGCGGUCGUCAAGACCCUACCCGGCCGACCACUUAAAGAAAGUUCGGAUGAAGCGGUAACUACUACUGCGCUUAUGUCGGUGCAUUCGGAGAAUUCUCCUGCAAACCCCCGCACAUUGGGCUCGCAACAAUUGAACCACAUGGUCUCGCUUGAGGGCAUUGUCACAAAAUGCUCUCUCGUGCGUCCCAAAAUCGUCCAGAGUGUCCACUACGUCGAGAGGAAGGAUCGUUUUGUUGCCAGAAAGUAUCGUGAUCAAACUAUGGGUGCCAGCGGUGCCACCAGUCUGAAUGUUUACCCACAAGAGGACGAAGAGAAGAAUCCGGACAAUUUGCCCCGAAGUGUCGAUGUCAUUUUGGACGACGAUCUCGUCGACAGCGCCAAGCCUGGCGAUAGAAUUCAGCUUGUGGGUAUCUACCGUACCCUCGGUAACGGAGGUAGUGGCUCAUCAACGUUCCGCACUGUCGUCAUGGCAAACAACAUCAUUCAGUUGUCGUCGAAGAGCGGUGGAGGUAUUGCGGAGGCCGUGCUUACGGAUACCGACAUUCGAAACAUCAAUCAGAUUGCCAAGAAGAGAAACGUGUUUGACUUGUUGUCUAAGUCCCUGGCUCCCAGUAUUCACGGACAUGAUUACAUCAAGAAAGCCAUCCUCCUGAUGCUCCUCGGUGGAAUGGAGAAGAACUUGGAUAACGGAACCCAUCUUCGUGGAGAUAUUAACAUCCUUAUGGUUGGUGAUCCGUCGACUGCGAAGUCCCAACUUCUUCGUUUCGUGUUGAAUACGGCCCCACUGGCAAUCGCUACCACCGGUCGAGGUUCGUCUGGUGUCGGUUUGACUGCUGCCGUUACGUCUGAUAAAGAAACCGGCGAACGUCGACUAGAAGCCGGUGCCAUGGUCCUCGGUGACCGUGGUGUGGUGUGUAUUGAUGAAUUCGACAAAAUGAGUGAUGUCGAUCGUGUCGCUAUCCACGAAGUCAUGGAACAACAGACCGUCACAAUCGCCAAAGCUGGUAUCCACACAAGCUUAAACGCUCGCUGCAGUGUUCUUGCAGCAGCCAACCCCAUUUAUGGCCAGUAUGAUCCCCACAAGGACCCGCAUAAGAACAUUGCUCUUCCCGACUCCUUGCUUUCUCGUUUCGAUUUGCUAUUUGUCGUGACCGAUGAUAUUGAGGAUUCCCAUGACCGAAUAAUCUCAGAGCAUGUUUUACGCAUGCACCGCUACCGCCAGCCUGGCACCGAGGAGGGUGCACCCGUUCGGGAGCAGCUCAACCAAACACUAGGCGUGGGAGGCGAAGACCGUCAAGAUGCCAACGCGCCAAGUGAGGUUUUCGAGAAGUUCAACGUCAUGCUCCACGGUGGCAUGGUCGACGCUGCCAAUGCUGGCCGCCGCCGUGGCAAGCAAGUGGAAAUUAUUAGUAUUCCCUUCAUCAAGAAGUAUAUCCAAUACGCUAAGAAGCGAAUCAUGCCCGUCUUGACUAAGGGUGCUGCCGACCACGUCAUCGCCACAUACUCUGCUCUGCGAAACGAUGAGAUCACUGGCAACAAGCGUCGCACAUCGCCAAUCACGCCCCGUACCCUGGAGACGCUGAUUCGGUUGUCUACUGCACAUGCCAAGGCCCGCCUGUCUAACCGAGUAGACGAGAAGGAUGCAAAAAAUGCCGAAGCUAUCUUGCGCUUCGCCAUGUUCAAGGAAGUGGUCGAGGACGAGCGCCGGAAGAGACGCAAGGUGACCACCUUCGACGAUUCCUCUGACGAUGACAGCGAUGCUGAACUCGACGAUAACUCCGAUGAUGACACCACCGUUCGCGGUACAUCAACUGCCACACCGGGUAGACGCACUGGCACAGCACGCACCCGCGGUACUGGUACUGCAACACAGUCUAGUGUUCCAGUCCCAGAUGAGGACGAAGACCCGGACAGUCUUUACACAGCCAGCCCUCGCGCUCAACGCUUGCGUUCGAGCCAGACAGGCCGCACCCAAACACAAACCGACUCUCAGAUGUCGAUGGCAUCUUCGCAGCCAGCCUCCCAGCUCAUCGAGUCUCAGACAGACUCGCAGUCCACUUCCCAAGACGUCCCUAUCACCCCUGCCCGCAUGACAGUCUUCCGACAGACUCUGGGCCCGCUCAUGGGCAAGACCGUGUUCAUAGGCAGUGAUACAAGCAAAGUUGAUGACUUGAUCAAUGCUGUUAAUACUGCCAUCCGGGAAUCGCCCAAACUUGGUGCUUCGCACGUCUUCUCUCGUUCCGAGGCUAUCCAGGCCUUGCGCGUCAUGAACGAUGACAAUAUCCUCAUGUACCUCGAGGACGAAGAAGAUGUGUACCGUGUUUAA